AACUUAUGGAAAAUAACAACCUUGCAACAUAAUAUCCCCAAGAAAAACCAUCCGAUCGUCUAUUCAUUCCCCAAUAAGCUUGUCCCGGAGCGUUCGACGAGGCCGAGAAGGACUUUGUCUUCAACUUUAGGCAGCCAUAUGGCGAAUAAUACCGAGCGCAAGAAGCAUGAUAGCAGCAGUUACAUCAACUUCGCACAUCUCGAGGAGCAUCGGCACAUGCCUCUAGAGAUAGAACGAUCAAUCCGGGUCAUAGAAUUAAGUCCAGCGCCCAAUGACGACGAGGGCGCGCCAAUAGUAUGUUCUCUCCGGCAAAUACCUCUUGACGCCGAAACAAAGUAUAAGAAUCGAUACCACGCUUUGUCCUAUGUAUGGGGAGGAAGAACAGGAUCAGAGGCAAUCAUAUGCGAUGGGAAGAAACUUCUUGUUACCCCGAACUGCAUGCAAGCUCUUCGAACCAUACGAGCCAACAUCGAACUGCUGUUAAACAUUGAUUAUCUCUGGGUCGAUGCGAUAUGCAUCGACCAGAAAGAGGACCCGUCCGGCAAAGGAGAAAAGAGUCAUCAAGUUGCUUUGAUGGGUGAGGUGUAUCAGCAUGCCAGAUCUGUAAUCAUUUGGUUGGGUCACAUUUCUCGAGCAGCUACGCAGCACCUCGAGUACAUGAAGAAGGUCGGCAAACAUCACAUGCACAGAAAAAGGGUCAAAAGACACUACAAACAUAUGGCGAAGGUCAACAAACACUACAAGGUGACCAAGGAUAAUCCACCGAAACGGCAGCUCAUGGCGGAGGCAAAGAUAGAGAAAUGGAUAGAAAGGAUUAAAAUUUCCGCCAAGAACGCUGCCUCAGUGAAGGGUACAAGAUCAUUCUGGGGGCCUGUGCACGAAUGUCCGUGGUUUUGGAGGGUGUGGACUCUUCAAGAAAUUGCAUUCGCACGCCGCCCCGUUCUCUUGUACAUGCCUAAAAAUGAACGAAAAGCACGUCGGAUGUCGUGGGUAGAUGCAGAAUCGACCAAAAAAUGGUGGGAUAUCAACAAUUUUGGAACAUUUAAUGAUUGGUAUAUGAUACCAGAUCGGCUUACGAUGUCAUCGAUGCUCGGACUGCUCCCAAGCAUGACAACAGACCGGCGGAACUAUAAUAGCAAAUGUUUGAAGGCAUUCAGUUACCUGUGGAUGAAGACUCUGCACAUACUGGAAGCUGUGGACGAACGAGACUACGUCUAUGGACUUGACGCCGUUCUUCGAAACAUAGGACUUGAACUUCUAGAGAUCGAUUACAGCAUUCCAUGGGAGGCAGUAUUUGAGAGAUUCACUUGCAAAUACCUAGUUCAUACACAGGAUGUCAGCCUCUUGAUACAGGCUCCGAGAUACAAACGGUCAGAGAAACUGGCGUCAUGGGCAUUUGACUUCAAGUCCCCAUCCCCAACGCGAUCUUACAUACGGGUACCUCUGGAUGAGUACACGGGAGUGAAUUCGCUUAUAUCCAAGAAAUCAGGACAAUUAUCCUUCGCAGGCCGUCGAAUCACUAAAAUCCGAUACUCUGACGAUAUCUCAGGCGCAACCGAGCGCGCCAGACUAUUCGAAGAAUACAAACCGAUCCCCCCAUUCAACCAGUCGAGAGCCUUAGCUCAGUUGAAGAUCUGGCUUAAAAAGGCCAGAAAAGUACUUUCGCAAAUGUCAGAUCGAGACAUGGCCCGGACUCUUAAACUAUUAGUGAUAUGCCCUCGCGAGGAAAGUUUUUUUGCUGACGCUGCCCUGGAUUAUCUUGAAGAAGUUAGUCAGGAGCUGCAAUAUCUUCUUCACGAAGACGAUGCACUGGCUGAUACUGGAUCUACUUCUAUCGCAUUUCGGCCGAGGGAGCUCUGUGAAGGGGAUUACGAUAGCAUCGAUAGCUUGCUGGCGGUCGAUAAAUCCGCCACACAAACCUCUGAUGCUACGAGCCUGACACUUGAAAACGACAAGAACUAUAAAGUCACAGAACUCCCAGAUUUGAUAAAAAAAUGGCUCCAAGUCUGCAAUCUUCUGAUCACUACUAAUGGAAAACUAGGCUUUGGAUUCUGCACUAUUUUGCCAGAAGACGAAGUGGUUCUUAUUCAUGGCUGCAAGAUCCCCAUCGUGGUGAGGCCAAAGGCAGAUAAGUUCCAGUACGUGGCUCCAGCUCAUUUUGUCGACUUGAUUGAUCCAUAUUUGGCUACGAACGAUGAUCCGAGCGUCAUGGAAGAGUUCACGCUUGUGUGAUGAACACUGUGAAUAGGGAAGUUUGCU